AAUGAGUUGAAUGUAAACAUUCUUCUUAGUUUUUGUUAAAUGCCGGUUUUCUGAAUUAUGUCAAGCCUUACAUCGAAUGAUAUGGAUACAAAUCCUCCUGCUCCGGAUCCCCAGGCGCCAAUAACGCGCAAAGGCUUCCUGAUUUCCCUCAAAAACAGUGGUACCCCAAUGCCAAUUCCCGAACAGAAUCUGUAUGGACGUUGUCGGCCAGUUUCGGAAUUCGAGAAACUUAACCGCGUGGGUGAGGGCAGCUAUGGCAUUGUCUACCGCGCUCGUGAUACCCGCACCAAUGAAAUUGUGGCCCUGAAGAAGGUUCGAAUGGACCAAGAGAAGGACGGCCUGCCUGUCAGUGGACUCCGUGAGAUAAUGAUUCUUAAGCAGUGUCAGCACGAGAACAUCGUUCGUCUGCGGGAAGUGGUUGUGGGAAAAAGCUUGGACAGCAUCUUUCUGGUAAUGGACUUCUGUGAACAGGAUCUGGCCUCAGUGCUGGACAACAUGUCAAAGCCAUUUACCGAGUCAGAGGUGAAGUGCAUCACCCUUCAGGUUUUAAAGGCCCUGAAGUAUCUCCAUGAACGCUAUAUGAUCCAUAGGGAUCUAAAGGUUUCCAAUCUUUUGAUGACCGACAAAGGAUGCAUCAAAGUUGCUGACUUUGGUCUGGCUCGCAUGUAUAGCCAUCCUCCCAAGCCCAUGACUCCUCAGAUGGUGACAUUGUGGUACCGUGCACCGGAACUACUCCUAGGCUGUCGCACUCAUACAACCGCUGUGGAUAUGUGGGCCUUUGGUUGCAUCCUGGGAGAACUCCUGCUGGGGAAACCUUUGCUGCCUGGUAACUCAGAGAUUGCCCAGCUGGACAUGAUCAUUGAUUUGCUGGGUGCUCCCUCGGAAUCCAUUUGGCCUGGCUUCUCGGAGCUGCCCGCCGUGCAGAACUUCACUUUGAGUCAGCAGCCCUACAACAAUCUCAAGACCAAGUUCCACAUGAUAGGACAGUCAGGCAGGAAUCUCCUUAACAUACUGUUUAUUUAUAAUCCCAAUACAAGGGCCACGGCAGAGGAAUGCCUAAGCAGCAAGUACUUCUUGGACCCGCCUCAAGCAUGUGACCCCCGAAUGAUGCCCACUUUCCCGCAACAUCGCAACGCUACAUCUUCUACACAAGCUCCGGCAGCCGCCGACAUUCCCAUUUCCGAUCUUCUAAAUGUAUUCAUCAAGCGCCAGCGCAUGGAUUAAAACGUUAACGAAUUUAUUGAGAACAU